CGGCCGCCGCUCUCAGCCCGUGCCUUCGCCGCCGCGGCGUUGAGACUCCCGCCGAGUUUUCCGCUCGAAAGCACGUGCCGUUUUCCUGUGAAAAUCCGACGCGAUCCCUGUUUUAUUUAAUUACUUUUUAUUUAUAGAAAAUUCUGGGUUUAAUUAAUGAACGUGCAAUUUUGGAAGUUAACGGAUUAAUCGUAUCUGGAUUCACGGGGCAAUUAUUUUCUUUAGAGGACUUGUGAAGUGCUAUUAUGUGAUUGUGAGUUGGAGACAAAUCUGUGAGGAGCAAUUGUUGAUGUUAGUGUAGAGUGGAGAAUAUUGUCAGCGGAGCGCCGAUGGCCGGCGGGGCCCGGCGGCGCUAGAUCGAUCCGCAUCCCGCCUCUCCGGCGCGGCUCUUGUUCGUGAAGGGUGGGAGGCGCGGGGGGCGCGGAGCGGGGGGAUGCCCGCCCGCAAGGGGCUGCUCGCGCCCCAGAACACCUUCCUGGACACCAUCGCCACACGGUUCGAUGGAACACACAGCAAUUUCGUGCUGGGAAACGCGCAGGUGCCGGCGUACCCCAUCGUGUACUGCUCGGACGGCUUCUGCGAGCUGACGGGGUGGGCGCGCGCGCACAUCAUGCAAAAGGGCUGCGCGUGCAAGUUCCUGCACGGCCCAGAUACCAGGGAGGAACACCGCCACGAAAUCGACGCUGCAUUAGAUUCUAAGCAUGAACUCAAACUGGAACUCAUAUUUUACAAGAAAAAUGGUACUCCCUUUUGGUGCUUACUCGACAUUGUCCCCAUUAAGAAUGAGAAACGGGAAGUGGUUUUGUUUCUCGCCUCCUUCAAGGAUAUCACCAACACCAAGAUGGCCGCCAUGAACACUAAUGAGGACUUCGACAGCGGAGCCGCGGUGCGGCCUUCGGCUGGUGUGGUCACUCUAGCGUUAUCCCCAUUUGUACCCGCAGCGGCACUCUUGGGCGCCCGGUUCCGCGCUGAAUCUAGUUGCCUACUUCCAGACCCAAAUGGCAAUCUUGACCCCGAAGCGCCUUCGCCCGCCAACAUGGGCAGGCGGCGCUCGAGGGCGGUACUUUACCAGCUAUCGGGACAUUAUAAACCAGAUAAGAUGAAAACAAAACUAAAACUCAACAAUGUUAGUAAGAACCUCUUACACUCGUCGGACCCGCCGCUUCCUGAAUACAAAACUUCGGCUAUAAAGCGAUCUAGAUUCAUAAUUUCACAUUACGGUGUGUUCAAAACGUUUUGGGACUGGCUCAUACUGAUCGCCACGUUCUAUGUGGCAGUAGUGGUACCAUAUAAUGCAAGUUUUGUUGAUGAAGGACACCCCAGAAUAAGUGUCACCAGCGAUGUUGUAGUGGAAGCUUUAUUUAUUGUUGAUAUUGUGCUUAAUUUUCGAACAACUUUUGUAAGCAAGAAAGGUGAGGUGGUAUCCGAUUCGAAAGCGAUAGCUCUUAAUUACAUCCGAACAUGGUUUGUGGUGGAUCUCCUGGCUGCGCUACCGUUUGACCUACUUUACGCAUCCGAUGUAUACAGCGGAGCGGAAUCUACGCAUGGCAACGUGCAUUUAGUGAAAUUGACAAGGCUCCUGCGGCUUGCUCGAUUGCUGCAGAAGAUGGACCGGUAUUCGCAGUAUUCCGCACUCAUUCUGACGCUGCUCAUGCUGUCCUUCACGUUGCUGGCUCAUUGGCUUGCUUGCAUCUGGUUCAUUAUAGCUGAAAAAGAAAUAGAACAUCACAGAAAUGAAGUCUGGGAUUUAGGAUGGAUCAAUAACCUAGCAGAAAGGCUGAAGGUGCCAAUACCGAACAUCUCACACAGUGAAAGCUAUGUCACAGCUCUCUACUUCACUUGUUCUUCUCUCACAAGCGUGGGAUUUGGAAACGUUUCAGCUAACACCCUACCUGAGAAAGUCUUUAGCAUAAUAACGAUGUUAAUUGGGGCGCUCAUGCACGCAGUUGUUUUUGGUAAUGUGACUGCCAUCAUACAGAGAAUGUACUCACGCCGCUCCAUGUACCAGACCAAGUGGAGAGACCUAAAAGACUUCCUCACCUUGAACCAGGUACCAAAAGAGUUGAAACAGAGGAUGCAGGACUACUUUCAAACCAUGUGGUCGUUAAAUCAUGGUAUUGACAUCCAUGAGACGCUGAAGGAGUUUCCGGAGGAACUGAGAGGCGAUGUGUCGCUUCAUUUGCACCGGGAAAUAUUAUCACUUCCUAUAUUUGAGGCGGCCUCACAGGGCUGCCUCAAGUUGCUAUCUCUGCACAUCCGCAACAACUUUUGCGCACCCGGUGAAUAUCUAGUCCACAAGGGAGAUGCUCUCACGUACAUUUACUACAUUUGCAACGGCUCUAUGGAAGUUAUGCAGAAUGAUAUGGUCGUCGCUAUAUUAGGAAAAGGGGACUUGGUCGGCUGCGACAUGAAUACGCAUUUGCAAGCUUACAAUGGGACGGGACAAUCCCAGGCUAAUAAUCCUGAUGUCGUCGUGAAAUCAAGCAGCGAUGUAAAGGCUCUAACAUACUGCGAUCUGAAAUGUAUACAUAUGGGUGGCUUAGCUGAAGUACUGCGCCUUUACCCUGAGUACCAGCAGGAAUUCAUCCACGACAUCCAGCACGACUUGACUUACAACCUGCGGGAGGGCUACGAGGCUGAGCAGGAGUCUGACGGGAACGGUCACCCAUCCUUGACCUUACCCUCGAUUUCGGAGGAUGAUGAAAACGCUGCAGAAGACAGCGCGCUAUCGCCGAAGAAGUUGGCAUCUAGUUCCAAUAGUCCACGGCAUAAAUUCAGAUCCGACGGGGCACAGCGUCUCACACACCGCGAACUACGCGAAAGAAUAGAAAGGCAGCGAUCAGUCGCCACGCCCAAAAUAUCCAGGUCUGACUCCCUAGAGGGACUAAACUUGGAGAUGCACAACACCAGGUCCUCGGUGGAACGUCUAGACACGCAAGUAUCGAGUCUGCAUCAUGACGUCGCUGCUCUCAGCAUGGAGGUGCGGCACGCCAUUCAAGCUCUGCAAGAAAUGACUGGCCCGCCGCCGGGCUGGCACUCCGCGCACUCCAACCCUAACCUGCAGUGGAACGCGCCGCCCAACCAGCUCGCCCGCAGCUGUAGCCAUCCCCCUGACGUCUUUUGUUGGGAGCAAGAACGUCCAGUCACGCCUGAAAGACCAAAGACAAAUAAAAGUACUCAGACCGAACCAUUUCUACACUGCGUAACCCAGUACAUAAUGGAGCACCCAGCGACAGUGAUGCUCCUUCUAGGUUUGGACCCGAUGGCCAACCUCACGCCGGUCAUGGCGCCGACGGUAGACUACUACGACCCGCGUAGUCGGAGGCCCAGCAUAUUGGAGCAAAUAGUAGAGUCGGAGAACGGAAGUCAGACCCCAUCCAGUACCGAUAGCGAACGGUUCGAACCAUUGAGGAGUCUUAGCGGCAGUGCUAAGGAGUUGAAUACGCAACCAGAGCUUAAAAGAUUGCUAGAACCUGAAAAUACGAAGUCGUGUCUCAGACGCAGCAGGCACUCUGCGAGUGACCUGUGCGACCCCACUGAGAGGCUCCUCGCCUCCAAAGCACACCCGAGCACGCGCAGUCUCAAGUUCAACAUCAACAGUUAAAUUAUUCCAUUUGUUUGUUAGUGUAUAUAAUCUGCUCAUUAAUAGUUAAAAUAUUAGUUUAUAAUUAGAUAUUCAUAUUAUUAUGCUAGUUGUUUUAUAAUUGUCUUUUUCAGCAUGUUAAUAGCUUGAAGUGUGUAUAAUUUAUGGUGUUACUUUUUCAACGAAAUAUUCUUAAAAUGAAAUAAUCUUCGUAUUUACAAGUUGUACAUAUCAAACUUCUAAUAUUUUAAGUUUAUUGAUUGUUUAGGGUAUUAACGACACUAGUCAUUUUAAAUGCUUACCUACAACUUCACAUACAAUAGGUAUGGAUUGCAACUUUAAUAUAUAAUAUGAGUGUGUUAAAUAACUACAAAUUGAUGUACUUUAGUAUCAAUUCUCAGGAGCUAUUUUCUGUCAUGAAAUUAUUUUGAUUAUUAUGAAUAUUGUGGUCAUAUCAAAGUAGAGAUAUCUAUGAAUCAUAUUCAUGUGUAAGUAGGACAAUACUAAGGUAACAACUUUAUGUAUGUAAUAAUAUAACUACACCUAAGAAGAAAUCAUAAAAAACUUACUUUGAUCUCCUAAAUGUUAGAUGUGAUUAUUAAGAAAUUUGAAACUGUCUUCCUCUCGUUGUAAUUUAUUUGUAUUUUUGUACUCUUCGGAAAUAAGAGGCUAUGACACUGUAUACUGUACACCAAAAUAUUUGAAAAUAAUCUGUGCCAAAUUCGUGCCAAAAUAAGUUUUUUCUUUUUCGCGUUUUUAUAUUUAUAUUUGCAAGUGUAGAUUAAUGUAUUUGCAAAGAUAUUAAAAAUGAAAUUAAUAUAACAGUCAAUACUUAUCUUUAUUUAUAAAUCUAUAUUUAGGCCUCACUUUACUUUAAUAAACCAAUUAAAUAUUUCAAUUUAUAGCUACACAAUAAAGAAGAUAGGAUUUAUGAACCACUUUAAUUAUUUAAAUUAAACUAUGUAUACAUCAGCCGUGCAAACGACCUACCUACCGCUCCGCGUUUAGUACCUAGUGCGUAAUUAAAGAAGUAAUCCAAACAAUAAUUACUUCAGUUUCACGUUAUUGGUACUCAAUACCUAACAAAUUUUUGUGCUGCGUCAUAAAAUUUGCUAGGAUUUGGAAACUUCAUAUCUUUUUUUAUGUUACGAUUAGCGUAAUCGCUUAAAAGACAAUGCUUUUGAUCUCUGCACGUUUCUCUCUGGUAUAGGGUUACUAGGUGUGAUUUUAUUUCUGAUUGCACGCACCGGUUUUAUGCUUGGUUAGAUUCCAACAAUCAAUUGUUUUUCUAACGUGACAUUUAUAAUAGAAAUUACUGUUAUUAUUAAAAAGUCUAUAAAAUAAUGAAAACUAAGUGGAAUAUAAUUGUAGUAAGAGUUAAGAUGUGCAAUUAUUAUAACUAGCUGUUAGAAAUAUAUAAGAUGAAUUGAAAAUAUCAUUAUAUGCAAGCAAUACACAUUGUUGAUACUACCCUAAGAGAUAAUAAGUGUUUCAAGCAGCCAAGUAGUAGUAUGUAAACAAAAUGAUUGAAAUUUAUUGUUAUCCUACUGAUUUAUAUUUCAUCUACGUCAUAACAAAUAAACAAGCACUAGGGAAACAAGGAACAGCCUCUACGCUAAGGUAUGCUUCAGCAGUAUUAUUAAAGUUGUUCGAAAGGGUAAGAGUUCAAAGGAAUUUUCUCAUAGAGAAAAGGGAAAUCAUACAUUAUCUUUGAUAAUAAUUGUUAUAAGAACGGAAACGCUUAUUAGUAUAAUUGAUUAUUCGUGGUGUACCUACGUUGUAUAGAGCCAUGAUGUGAUAUGAUAUUGAAACACAUGCAGUGCCUAAAUCUUGUUCAUUUAUUUAUUUUAUCUUUAACUUUAAUCGAAAUCUAAACUAUUUAUUGCGCAUUGUGAAAAUGCGUUAAUAUGCAUGAAUAUUUUGUAAAUAAUAUUAUAAAUCUUUAUCUUCUAGUACAAAGUAUUAGUU